AUGGCCUAUAGCGGCCUGGAUGCACAAGCAGCAAAGCUGGUAGACCCCUCUACUGAUAUCAACGUCAAGCUCGGAAUAAUCAGAGACUUUGGCAAAACAUUUACUUCUGACGCGCAACGAGAUCCAGAAUGGCAAAAGGCUACAACAACCGUUUGUCCAAUCCUCAUUGACACGCUCAAAACGGGCUCUCCGGUAUGGAAAAAAUACGUCAAUGACAAGGAGAACGUCGAACAGGUCUUGCGGGUGCAAAUCCUGGAGCUUUUGCACAAACUACUCACCACAGAAGCGAUGAGAAGUCACUUGAAUACGUUCAUACCUCUUUUGUUUGACCUCGUACGGACCGACAACGAAGAAAUCGCAAUCCAUGUCGUGAAGAUGUUUCACGAGCUCUUCCGUGGACUACGUGCAGUUAUGGAAAGUCAUAUCCCCACGUUCAUGCAGCUCAUUAUCGACCUCUAUACCUCGACGGGCGAUCACCUAGACGAAGUUUUUGGGCCUGGAGGAGCGGCUACAUCCGAACCGGACCGUUCGACACUCAACAAAUCUUCCACCUCUCUAAGAGUCAUUGCAGAGCUACAACUGGUGUGCUUGUUUAUCCUUCAAACAAACCAGACAGCCCAGGCGUUCAACCCACAAGGACUGGCGGACGCCGCUCUCAAGUUGUAUCUCUACGAGACUCCUCAAGAGAAGGAGAAGGAUACUGACAAAAUGGACGAAGGAGAGUUGCACUUCGGACCUCCAUCUUCAAUCGCCAAUCAGAGUAUUUUCAGCGAUCUUAUCGUCGCUCAAGUAAAGGCGGGACCCGUCUUGAGUCUUGUUCUCCGAAAGGAUUCGCCGGUUCUCAGCUCAGAAUCGUGGCCCCAACUUGUUAACCAGAUACCAGCUGCUGCGCUGAGAGCACUACGAGUCAUGUCUCCCGAUGCUUAUUCGCUCCGCAAGGAAGGUAUUACCAGUCUUCGACAUUUGGCAGCAACCGACGUUAAAGUGCAACUCGCUACUCACUUUACCGAGCUCCUCGAUGAUCGAAUGCUGCUCGGAAACUUGAAGUCUGAACCAGCCUUCUUCAUCUCGACUCACGCCCAAUUCGCCGAGAUCACCUUUCAACUCCGUCCUUUCAUCGAUUUGGACGCGACCCUUGCACUCCUAAGGCACCAAUGCGAACGACUAUCCGACUCAAACGCUCCACACCUCAUCGCAAGCCAUACUGGUCGUAUCCUUAUCUAUACAUUAGACCCACUAAGUGUCAAAUUGCGUGCACAAGAUAACAGCGUACCUCCGGAGGUCGCUGCAAAGCUCAGCAACAUGCUACAUGCUUUGCUCGAGACAAUUUGUACAAGACUUCAUGCGUCUAUCACGAUUGGAGAACGGCUCUACGCAUUAAAAGAUGGAACAGCUAGCGAAGAACUCAAGCAACUCGUCACUCUCGAGCAGUCUCGCACUGUUCCUGUGUUCCCAUAUCUAGCAAGUGAAACCCUCGAGACUACGCUCAAUGAGGAACGCAUCUUCCUGCGAGCCGUGCCAAACACCGUGCGUCUGGCUCUGCAAAUUAUUCGAGCCCUCAAUGGUCGCGUACCCGACUCUGAUAUCAUGGGUCGCCUCUUUAAGUAUCUUUGCUCCGCCAUGACGGUGGUCAAGGCGGACGCACAGUUCGAGGCCACCGUGUACAAACAGAUGGCCGAGAUGUUCACGGAGAUGGAACCCCACGUCUUCCAGGAUGUGUGGACGAAGCACAUGGGCAUGUAUUUCGACGCAUUGGUCAUGCAACCAAACUUGAUGAGCAUCGUCCAACUACUCUACCAAUCGCCCCAGACGAUGUUCCCGUUGACAGCGCUUGUUCUACGUCACCUUGUUGACCACAUGGAAACUCUCAACGAGGGGAAUGCCCAAUCCACCGCGGUGAUGAGUCGCAUGUACCGAAUCACGUUCAUGUCACUCGCCAAUCUUCAAGAUGGGUUUGAACGCAUGUUGCUCCCCCAUCUGACCAAACUCUUGAUCGACGUCUUUCCUAUGGCGGCUCGAGCUCAUCAUUCCCCUCGCAAUCUCCGCAUGGUCCCUUAUUAUCUCUUUCGAGCUUUCGGGAACAAGGGUGCAACCGCAAAGUUCGAACUCCUUCAUCAAGAAAUCUACCCGCUACUUCCAGAGCUUCUGGACAGCGUGAAUCGGGCUUUGGAGCUCACCGAUGACGAGGUUCAACAGGAUCAAUUGGUGGAGAUUGCGCUGACCAUACCGGUUCGGCUUCAGUACCUUGCACCAUUUAUUGCACAACUUUGGAGGCCAUUGGUACUGGCGCUACGGAGUAGUAAUCAGGAGAUUGUCAAGCAGGGGCUACGCACGCUGGAGAUUGCUGUCGAGAACCUUCCAAACAUCGACCUCCUUGACCCCAAGGCUCGUCCUGUCGCUCGAGAGUUGGUUCUUGCCCUGCAUAAGACUCUGAAACCGGGCAAUCAACACGCAGAAACGGCACAAGCGGCUACUCGUAUUCUCGGAAAGUUGGGAGGACGAAACCGAAGAAUACUUUCGCUGCCGCCGGAUCUCGAGUACGAAGAAACUGGUGUUCCUUACUCGAUUCCGAUCGAGUUCACCACUCAUAUUGCAUCACUCAAGAUCGGACCUGCGUGCGAGGUGGCGGUCAAUGCGCUAAAGGAUUCGAAAGGAAGCUCGUACCAUGAACCGGCCUUUGAGUUUAUCAAGACACAGCUCUAUCUUCUUCUGCAACAAGGCGUGGAAGGGGCCGUUAUGGAAGGUCUGUUCUGCAAAUGCAUUGAGGGAGCAAUUGCGACCAUUCACCUUUCCAAUAUGGAGCCCAUGGCAAGCGAGCUUCUCCGAGAAGUCAGCAAGGCUCUCAGUGAACAGGAGCUUGCCAAAGGCUUGGGUUCCCAAGUUGGUCGGCGAGCUACCAUCAGCACGAUUACCAUUCUCUUCUACGAGACAAUGAUGACUGUUCUUGUUCGGCAUUCUAACCGGAGCGACGAGAGUGGUCGUCGCCUCAUUGCCAGCAUUAUCCAAGAACUCCACGACCGGGGUCAAGGUGGCAGCAAGGAACGAAUGCGCGGUACAAUGAACAUGAUCGUUCACAUCGUAUCGAAAUUCGGAUCGAUGUGCUGGAAUCCGGAUUGGCGGUACAAAAUGGCAGGCUGCACCGGCAUCGCCGUUCUCAUCUCCGAUCAAGUCAACCUCGGCACUGCAUGGCCCUACUGGAAGGAAAUGGAGAUUUGUCGCUCGCUGGUGAUGAUACUCAAGGAUAUGCCUCAGGAUCCUCCUGCAGAAGAGGCUGAAGUUCUCUCCACAAUCACAGACCUAGUGAAAUUUUGCAAUGCGCCACGUCCUGAUUCCAUGGCGCUGGACGAAAAGCCCUUGGAUGAAGAUGCUCGAAAGGAUAUGGCGCCGGAUGAGAUUCAGCACUACGAGUGGUUGCGCCGUCCAGUCGCACAAAAGAUCGAUCACUAUAUUGGAGUAUUCGCCACUGACCUCAAGAGCCCGACAAAGGCAGUGCGAGACGCGACUCAAGACCGCUUCAAGCUUCUAGCAGAUCUCUGUGGCCGUCCACUCUCCGAGAUCAUAGGGUCCGCUGUUGAGAAAAUUACUGCUGAUAUCUACAGCAAGCCGCUGCGAAUGUUCCUACCACAGGUGCAAGUGGGCUACAUGGAAGCGAUCACAUACCUGUUGAAUAUCGAGCCUUCAGUGAUCACAGUCUCAGACGAACUCCUUCGCUUGAUGGGAGAAGUGAUCGCUCUUGGAGAGAUGGAGGAGCCGGUUCCUAACCCAAUGUACCCGCUGCAGCGACCUGCGCGGCGUACGAUAGUCCUGAGCGCACAGACCAAGGCUGCAUCGAUCAGGCUGGUAACGGCUUCCCUUGUCAUCACGGAUUUCCUGUCCAAACACCCGAUUCUUCGACAAAAGGCGACUUCUCUGCUCUUCAAGGCGCUAUAUUCGCCCAACGAAGAGAUAAAAACAGCUGCGCACAAUGGUUUGAGUGUCUUUCUCAAGAACCAGAGUCGCCUUCCUAGAGAACAUUUACAAGCAGGGCUUCGUCCCGUUCUUAUGAACCUUGCGGAUCCUGCCAAGUUGACAGUUGGGAGCUUAGAAGGAUUAGCACGACUUCUCGGCCUCUUGACAAAUUACUUCAAAGUCGAGAUUGCCACCAAACUCAUCGACCACUUCAAGGCGUUAUCCGAUGAUGAGAUCCUGAACAAUGCCGCCUACGGUCCCAUGGCCGACAACGACGCCAUCUCUAAGCUCGUUCGUCUCCUCAAUAUAUUCCACCUACUCCCUCCAGCGGCCAAUGCGUACCUCGAGCAGGUCACGGAACUCGUUGUGACCACAGAGACAAAAAUUCAUGCUGCAUCACCAACGCCCUUUACGUCCCCCAUAUCGGCAUACCUGGAUCGUUUCCCUUCUGAUGCGCUCGAGACACUUUUCAAGCAUGUCAAGGACGCUCGAUGGGUUCAGACGUACCGGCAUAUUAUCCAAGCAGGUCAAGCUCCCAACUUCACCACUGCCCUGAAAGGUCAAGGAGCUCGGCUUGCGCAGAGCAUGGAGAAUGCGGAGAACGGGCAUGCAGGUGUCCCUGCUAUCCUCAUCUGUCUGGAUCUGGCGCAAUCUGAUCCAGAGUGGAUGGCCGCUCAAGAGGAGAUUCUUGAGGCCCUUAAAGUGGUCUGGACGAGUCAGUUCACGUCUGUGGACGAAGAAGUCAGCUUCGCUCCUGCGCGGCUCGUCCUCAUACGGGCAAUCUAUAUGGUGUGGAUCGAGGUUUUCAAGGUCACCCACGCGUUGACAUCCUAG